UGGUUCCGGUAUGAUGCCCACAACCUGUUUGAUGAAAUGUCUGAAUGAAUGAAAUUGCAGGAACUCAAAAUGUACGGGAGAAAAGCCUGCCAAUUGGUCAAAGAAAUCGCAAGCAGCGAAAAGGGCCAGCUCACGCCUUUCAAUAGUGAACUGUUUGAUGAAGUGAUUAAAGAAUGUAAGCAGCACUAUCAUGAGCUUGAAGGCUUGAUCAGGAGAAUGGAAGAGCAAGGAUUAAAUGUCGAAACAGCUAAAAAUGAGGACCACUAUGGAGCACUCAUCCACCACCUCUCUUUAGUUCGUAACAAACGCUGCUUAAGGCAUAUCUGUAAUACUUUGUACAACCGAGCAGAAAUUUUACGAACUCUGAUGUGGAAGGUAGGGUCUGUAAUUCCUGAAGAAAUCAAAGAAAAACUCAGUUAUUCAGAGAAAGAUUACAUUAAAAGACAUUCAGCAUCUUUGAAAAACUAUAUGGCGAAUGUGGAACUCGAUUUGGAAGUGGAUAUGGUACCACCAAAAGAUCCCUACAUCAAGGUGAGAGUCCUUGAUGAUUUGGGGGGAGAUAUACUACUCAGCGAUGAUAAGAAAGCAAAUUUUUCUCGUCACUCGAUGCAUUUUCUUAAACGAACUGAUGCUGAGCAGCUCAUCUCACAGGGCAAGAUGGAGGAGCUCAAAGACUAAAGGGUUGUCCUUGGACUUGAUCGAUAUGGUCUGUUAUGUGAUAAUGGAAUGCUUAGUGUUACUCAAUAAUGUAGGUUUGGUUCACUGCUGAAAACAUGAAAGUAAAGGUGAAAGGUGUGUGUGUAUUUCUCCUAUGAGGCGUGGUGAGCUUAGAUAUAGUUGUGAUGUGUGAAUUAAAACUCACAUUGGACAUGUUUCAUGUUUAUUUCAAUUAGGCGAUUCCCGUUCGGUUCCAAACAA